AUUCCGACACAGCGCACGCGCCUAGGGACCAAUUAUCAAGCGCUUUUGAGAGCAGCAGAUCGCGACGAGUAUGCGGUCGGCACUUAGUUUGAAGCCGAGCAACGGAAACGCGGCGAAAAGUCAAGCAGUGAACAACAAGAACGUGAUCAAAAAUGCACCAUUGGGAGGAAAAUUGACACGUCAAAUUGGAACCAGUAAUUUGCUUCAACAAGCUCUACCAAGCAAGAAAAUAGAUGAAUCACCAAUUAUCAAAAUAGAUGCAAAAGACAGUUUUAAAGUAUUUGAGGAUCAGGAGCCAGAGAAAGAGAAUUCUUCUGAAAAUGUUGAUGCAACGGAGAAAGAUUCUAACGUAAUACCUGCUGAGGAUAACAAUAUGAUACACGAAUUGGAACGAAAGAUGGAAGAAAAGAGUCGUGCAGAAAAACUGAAGUUCAAGUUCAUGCAGACUCGAGACAAUAGUGAUAUCACCUCAAGAUUCUCAGAACCACCUUCAGAAUUCUCUGUUUUAUGUGAUGACGACGAUUGUGAUAAAGUCUCCGUCGCCUCUUCAACCUUCACCACAAGCGUCCGUGCAACCUUCUCAUCAUUCCAUUUUGAUGAAAAUCAGCGCAAAAAGGAAUUUGGAAAAGAAGAAGCUGUGAAGAAGAUUCAAAAGAAAGCAGCGAAGGAAGCUCGUGAUGAUUCAAUGUUCAGUUCUGAAGAAUUUUUCCCUGACAUUAUCAAGUACAUGUUACACCGUCAAACGAAGAAUCGAGCUUCACACGAAUGCUUUGACAUACAAUCACAAGUUAAUGAAGAGAUGCGAACAAUUCUCAUCGAUUGGUUCAGCGAUGUCGUGAAAGAGUACAAUUUCCAAAAGGAAACAUUUCAUCUCGCUGUGAGCCUCGUUGAUCGGGCUCUUUCAAUGUUCAACAUUGAUAAAAUGCGAUUUCAAUUGGUUGGAACGACGUCGAUGAUGAUCGCAGUGAAAUACGAGGAAAUCUUUCCGCCAGAGAUUGAAGACUUUGCUCUCAUCACUGACAACACCUACCGAGUUCCCGACAUUCUUUUAAUGGAGCGAUUCUUGCUCGGAAAGUUUGACUUCGUUGUUGCAAUGCCCACAUCAUCUUGGUUCGGAACAUGUUUUGCCAAGAGAAUGAACUUUACAAAAAAGAUGCGGAAUACUGUUCAUUAUCUCCUCGAGUUGUCGCUGAUAGAUGUCCAUUUUCUACGUUACCGCCCAUCCGAUAUUGCAGCUGCGGCUUGCUGCUUUGCAAAUCUCCAGGCUGACGUUGAAUCCUGGCCACAAAAAAUGGUUGACGACACGGGAAUCAGUACGGAAGAUUUUGUGGACGUGCUGAGGGAUCUUCACAGGAUGUACCUGAAUGCAUCAACGGCAGAUUUCAAGUCAAUAUUCUACAAUUACUCGGAGACUGCACAAAUGGAAGUGGCCCUGUUACCGGCACCUACUGACAAGCUUCGAUCGAUGUUCCCAUCGAUCUUUGUCACCGCUCCAAAAUCUUCCAACGAUAGUAGUAGUCCCCAGUAAAUAAUCCAUGUUAUAUUCUUGAAUUCUCCAAAUUUCCCGACUUUCAAUUUCAUUCCCUGUCUUUGUUUGCCUUUAUCGAUUACAUCUUCUAAAAUUCUCCUUUUAAAACUACGAUUUUAUGUAACAAUUCUUUGUAUUUGUAUAACUCAUCCCGACAGGAAUCGGAACAUACACGGAUAUGAUCCGAUAUUAAAAAUUCCUUUUUUGUGUUAUAUGUAAUAGUAUUAUCAGUGCUCUCCAUCCACCCCCUUAUCUGGCUGUUUUACAGCUUUUUCUCCAGUUUUCUUAUUUAUUUAUGAUACUCCUGGCUUGGCAACUAUGAUCUAUGAUUCCUUUUUGUUCCGAGCCGUAAUUUACGCACUGCGCUCAUUGUUUUAUAUUUGUUCCACGAUCUCAUCUCGUAGUUGCUCUCCCCAUCGUUCUUUCGUUUCUCUUUUUCAAAAUGUAAAUCUAAAAAUUUUUAUAAUCAUGAUAUCAACUGAAAUUUUAUAUUAUUUAUUGUGCUUUCCAAAUGUUAGAAGAUACCUUCUUUGUCAAAUAAAUCUUUUAAAUAAA